AUGACCGGCAAGGACGGCGCCGUGCUUUCGUCCACGGAGAAUAAGCAGAAACCAGUCGGAGCCCCGCAGCAGCAACAGCAACAGCAGCAGCAGCAGCAACAGCAGCAGCAGCAGCCAACCCCCGCUUGCAAGAUGCCCCCCACGGCGCACCGCCGCACCGGCUUCGGGAUCCAGGAGCUCCUCGGCCUCAACAAGGAGCCGCCGCCGCCGCUGGUGCCGGUGGCCGCCGCCGCCGCCGCCGCGCUGAGGCGGCCACUGGAGGCCCUCCCGCACCGGGGCCACCUCUUGUCGGGCCGCCCGGCCCAGCUCGGACACGGCGGCCUGGGCGUCGGCCUGCUGGGCCCCGAUGGCGUGCACUCGUUCUACGGCCAGCCCGCCUUUCUGGAGGUUCUGUCCGAAGCGCACAACGUGCACUUGCAGCCGCUGCACAGGGCCAGCGCGCACAUGCGCGACGUGCACAACUCGGCCAGUUCGGAUUCUGAUGACAUGAGUCUCCCCACCAGUGAUAAAAAAUUCUCCAAAUCUUCCUUGAGCCAAAGCAAGAAAAGAAAGAAAAGACGACACAGAACAAUUUUCACGUCCUAUCAGCUGGAGGAGCUGGAGAAAGCCUUCAACGAGGCCCACUAUCCGGACGUCUACGCCCGAGAGAUGCUGUCCAUGAAGACGGAGCUGCCAGAGGACAGGAUACAGGUGUGGUUCCAGAACCGCCGGGCCAAGUGGCGCAAGCGUGAGAAGUGCUGGGGCCGCAGCAGCGUGAUGGCCGAAUACGGCCUGUACGGGGCCAUGGUGCGACACUCCAUCCCGCUGCCCGAGUCCAUUCUCAAAUCAGCCAAGGAGGGCGUCACCGAGUCCUACGCUCCCUGGUUACUAGGUAUGCACAAGAAGUCAGCGGAGACGCCGCGCAGCCCCGCCGAGGAAAGGAACAGCGGUGGCGCCACGCCGCCACAGCAGAGGGCGGACGCGCCCGAGGCAAAGGGGCAGACGGACGGCGACAGAGACCAACUGCGGGUGCACAGCAUCGCCGUGCUGCGAGCCAAGGCGCAAGAGCACAGCGCCAAGAUGCUGGGCACGCGACGACGCACGGGAGAACCCGAGCGCGGGUCGACCGAGGACGAGACGGACAACUGAGAACGUUUCGGGGGAACGUUGGAAACGCACCUAACGGCUCAGGAGCUCGCUUGAAAAGAAUCGGGCUGCCUCCUCCUCCCAUUCUGUACAUACAGUGAACCCUCCCUCCGCUUUGUGUCCACGAGGAUGGAGAAAAAAAAUCAUGUGCUUUGUCUGCACCGAUAAACGUGGCGAGGGUUGACUGUAGGUCGAAUGUUUGCUCUUCACACUUGGCUCAGCAGCUGUGUGAGUCCCAGCAGUCCUGCUGUGACCUCUGACCUCGUCUUCUGACAGCCUCAGUCGGGAGAGCAGCAACCUUCAAUGUGAAAAGCGUGGACAGAUGUCUUUGGUUUGCGUGUUUGUCUUUGUAAAUAUCAGCAGUCCGAU